AUGGAAACUAAGGUGGAUAACAUUGUGGAUGCCCAUAACCAGGCCAUAGACAGAAUCCAGGCCCUGGAAACCCAACUCGCCAAAUAUAAGGAGAAGCUUAUGGACCUCGAGGAUAGAUCCCGACGGAGCAACCUGAGACUCCAAGGCACCCGCUUCUUCAAGGCCUUACUCCCGGACAUCCCGGUCGACAUGUUGCUGCUGGACCGUCUAUACAGGGUCCCAAAGCCCAAACACAUUGCUGCCUCAUUACCUAGGGACACUUUACUCAAGGCUCAUUAUUUUCAUGUGAAGGAGCUGAUCCUCCACAGUAGCCGCACAGCGAAGGACUCACCGCCAGAAUUCACCAAAGUGCGAGUUUUCGCAGACAUCUCUGCUGCCACACUGCGACACAGGAGGAGUUCCAAAAAGUUACAGAGGUCCUCAGAGAGCAUUGUAUACCUUACUGCUGGGGAUUCCCUAUCCGCCUGA